UGCAAUGAUGAAAUCUCAAGCUGUUAAUGAGCAAAAUCGUCGCAGUAAGCGUCAAGCAGGUGUUGAUGCGAGUCCUGUCGGGUCAGAGGUUCAUAAGAAACAAAAGAAGAAUGCUCCGAAGGUUAAUGAAAGAGAAGAGAGUGAUGCUAAAGAAUCGACUGAGGACGAGGCGCAAGACGUAGAAAUGGAUCAACAUUCACCAACUGAAGCUGAAGAACCCAUCCCUGCUUCUAGCAAUGGAGUGUCCAACACCGAUGACACUCAGACACAGCAAUCCGAGAUCAAAACGAGGAAGACAAGGGGUCUAACUAAAAUGCGCAAAGUGGCCAAAAAUGCAGAGGACAAGGUAGAUGUAGAGUUCAACUCCAUAGGUGAGCAUGUCGGUAGUGGAUCAGUGAUACUCUCAUCCUUUCUUGGUCCUCUUGUGAGGGAGCAUGUGCCAGUAUUGCUAGAUGACUGGAGACACGUCGAAGAAACAACAAAAGACGCUUUAUGGGAAGAGAUUCAGGGGAGGUUCAACUUGACAGAGGAAUGGCAAAAAGAUGCAGUCUUUAAGCAGAUGGGUUGCUUGUGGAGGGCCUCGAAAUCUAGGCUGACUUCUAUAGUCCGUUCUAUUAAAAACAAGGCUCAGAUACAGAAAAUGAAGCCUAGCAACAUCCAAUCUUCUUCUGCUUGGAACAGUUGGGUGAAAGCUAGGUGCACCAAAGAUUUUAAGGUACAAAGUGAUAAAUACAGGAGACUUAGGAAGAUUCAAAUUCCGCACACAACAAGCCGAAAAGGCAUGAGUCGCCUAGCUCAUGAGAUGAAAAGAAACAGCGAUGAUCCUAAGAAAGUUACUAGAACUAAGGUUUGGGUAGCAGGACAUACGCAUUCAGAUGGGAGACCCGUGAAUGAAGCACACGCUGAAACUAUUGAAAAGAUUAAGACAAUUGACAGUGAAAUAGAUUCUAACUCCUCGGAUAACAUUGGUGAAGAUGCUGUGAGUCAAGUUCUCGGAAAAGAGAGACCAGGAAGAGUUAGGGGGAUGGGCAGAGGAGCGACUAUUACGAAGAUGGCUUACUUACAAGCUAGAGACAAACAUGUCCAGAAGCUUGAAGCUACUCAAGCGGAAUUAACUACCAAGCUUGAAAAGUUGCAAAAUGUUGUUAUUGACUUAGCUGGCAAAAAGGUAACUUUCUUAUACACUUGUCCAAUUAAUUGUACUUGGUGUUUCAAUAUGAUGCUUACUUGUUUUUUUUGUUGUUUUAAGACACAUAAAGAUGAUGUUUCUAGUUCUGAAAGAAGCGAUGGUAGCAAGAGAGGAAUAAGGUGCCAGAUACUGGAUUGGAUUUCGACUGAUGAUGUGGUUGUAGGUGAAGGAGAAUACUACUCAAGUGAACCCACAUAUAAGAUUGGUCGAAUUCCUCUGGGUCCUAAUGCGGCAGCUGUAAUUGUCAACUCUGUAGCAGUCGAAGAUGCAUGUGUCUGGAGACCAACUACAAGUAUUGGAACACUUGCUGAAGCUGUAGGAGUUAAAAUUGCAUGGCCAUCCGAGAAGUUAAUAUUGGACGAUGUUAUUGACUUCUCAAAACAUGCUAACACUGUCGGGUCAGAGGUAAACUGAAAUUUCUUGUGUUAUUUUCAAAUUCACAUUGAAAAUCGAUUACUAAUAUAGAAUACAUUUGGGAUGAUUAUUAGACUAUGGAUGCAUCAGUAGGAAGGGUACAAAUAUUUGAUUACUGGAAUGUAGAAGAUGAGUUGAUUGCUGAGGGUGUACUGGUGUCAACUGAACCUAACCAAUUGGUGAACGAUAUUCCGCUUGGACCGAAUGUUGCAGUUAUAAAAGUUGAAGUAGUUGUUAAAGAUUCUGCUUUCUUAUGGAGACCAGCGCCUCGAAUGUCAAACAUGGGUGAUGCACUACAU